CACACACACACUGGAGGAGGAAGCGCUCGUGCUGCACGGAGGAAGAAUGAACCAUCUGCAUCUCUUCUUCUCAUCUGACGUGUGUUUUCACCCUCAUGAUGGCGAGACUGAGCGAACACGGGAUCCGGCUGAGCUCUAUGAGCCCGUCGUACCUGGAGAGCAACUCCACCAGUCACACAUGGCCCUUCAGUGCGGUCGCGGAACUCAUCGAUAAUGCAUCUGACCCGGGCGUCACAGCCAAGAACAUCUGGAUAGAUGUUGUGACGCUCAGAGAACAGCUGUGCCUCAGUUUCAUGGACAAUGGCAGUGGUAUGACGCCCAACAAACUGCACAAAAUGCUCAGUUUUGGGUUCACAGAGAAAGGCUCUAGUAAAAGCAGCCAUCAGCCCAUCGGUGUGUACGGAAACGGAUUUAAAUCGGGCUCGAUGCGUCUGGGCCGAGACGCUCUGAUCUUCACGAAGAACGGAGGCUGUCAGAGCGUAGGCUUGCUGUCUCAAAGCUUCUUACAGGCUAUUAAAGCUCAGGCCGUGAUCGUACCCAUCGCCCCCUUCAACCAACAGACCAAGACGCUGGUGGUGACGGAGGAUUCGGAGGCCAGUCUGAGAGCCAUCCUGAAAUAUUCUCUCUUCCAGAGCGAGUCUGAGCUACAAGAGCAGCUGGACUCCAUACAGGGAAAGAAAGGAACCAAGAUACUCAUCUGGAACAUCCGCAGAAAUAAAGAUGGAAAUCCAGAGUUUGACUUUGACACCGAUGUGGAGGACAUCCGUCUGCCGGAGAUCCGAACGGAGGAGAUGCAGGGAAAAUGGAGGAGAGAUUACAGGCAGCGCAGAGACAGCGACAACGCUCCUGAGAUGGAGUUUUCUCUCAGAGCGUAUCUCAGUAUACUUUACCUGAAGCCCAGGAUUCAGAUCAUCUUGAGACAGAAGAAAGUUCAGACUAAGCUGGUCGCCAAGAGUCUGUCAAUGAUUGAGAACGACGUCUAUAAACCCCAAUUCAUUAACGAGAGAGUGAAAAUAACUUUUGGAUUCAACCUGAAAAACAAGGAGCACUUUGGAAUUAUGAUGUACCAUAAAAACAGACUGAUAAAGGCCCAUGAGAAAGUUGGCUGCCAAAUCAAGUCAUCAGGUCAAAGGUCAGGGGUCGGGGUCAUCGGAGUGAUUGAGUGUAACUUCCUCAAGCCUGCUCAUAACAAGCAGGAUUUUGAGUACACCAAAGAGUACAGACUUACACUAUCUGCUCUUGGUCUCAAACUGAAUGACUACUGGCGUGAAAAGAAGGAAAAGAAAGCAAAAGAGAGAGAGUUUCAAGCCUUAGAGAGAAAAAGCAAAGAAUGUGAUACUGAGGAAACCGAGGAAGAGGAUGAUGAAGAGGAAGAGGAGGAAGAACAAGAAGUGGAUGUGACGUGGAUUCAGUGUGAUGAGUGUUUGAAAUGGAGAGGAAUCUCCACUCAACUGUUCGCUGGAAGUGUUCCUGAUCCGUUCAGAUGCUGCAUGCACCCCAUACCACGCUUACGGAGCUGUUUGUUACCGGAGGAAACAGAAGAGAAUGCUGAUGUCACGACACCCAGCUAUGCAAAAAAACUAAAAAAACAGGAACAUGCCUCAGUCAAGAGAAGAGGAAGAUCUAUGGAGAUGACUAAAAGCCCAGUGCGAACUCUCUGUAGAGGACUAUCUGAACCUACAUCAGUGAGCAAACAGGAUGAGGUCACCGUUGCCAUGACGACAGAUGCACAGGAUACAGAUGAGGAUGAUGUCACAGAAGAGCAAGAGUCUUCACCCUCCCCGAGAAAAAGGAGGAAAGAACCGUGUUCACCCACUGAAAAUGGCAAUAAAUCCCCAAACCAUGCUGAACCUCCAGACGUCCCGUCCGAGGGAGAGCCCGAAACAACAGACAAAACGCACGACGGAUCAGAAUCCGAGACGAACACCAACACGUCUCCAGCGGUGGACUCGACGUCUCAGGAGGACAGCGUUCAUCUCGAGGGCCCCGCGGAGCCUCAGGGGCCACAGAUGCCCAAAGACCAGCCCAGGGUCCCGCUUCACCCGCUCUCUCCACACUCCUCCAUGACCACGGCUCAGACGGUGGUGGUCACUCCUCUCAGCCGCUCCGGGUUUCAGCCCGUGUCCCCGCUACCGACCGACGGUUCGGAUCGCGCCGCCCUCGCUCAGAGACUCGCUCAGCUGGAGCGGGAAGCCAAGCGCUUAAAGCGGAUCCUGGGCAUCCGCGAGCCGGAGGUCGCCAUGGUAACGGAGGCAGAAGGGGGCGGGCCUUCUGAUGUCACCGCAGUUGAGGAGCGACUUGCGGCGCAAAAUGGGAAUUCAGUGUCAUGUGAGCAAAAUGCUGAAAGAUUGAAUGCGACGUCAACCGAGGAACUUUCUGCUUGCCAGAAAUCGGAGGAACAGGCGAACAGGCCUCCAGCGCAGUGGAGCAGUUCAUCCCCGAUCCAGCCGGAGGCAGAGACGAGUCCCAGAGACGAGCUGUACUGGAGCAAGACAUUAGCCAAACUCCAGAGCGAGAACCAGUCGCUGUCCACGGACCUGAGCCAGCUGAGAACUGAGAGACACACACUGCUGAACCGGGUCACACAAACUGAGAGAGACACACAGGAGAGGAGAGACCAGAGCACCAACACACCCAACCUCACGUACAACAGCAGUGUGACUCUGGAGAGGCUGCGCUCCAUCCGGCGAAACGUGGUUGCAUUGCUCUCCUCCAUCCUGCCAGACCUGGACAUGCAGGGAAUCAGCUACGACACCAUUGAUGUAGACAGCAUCCUUCAGCAGAUCAUACAGGCCAACAACCUGUGAGCCUUCACCCGGGACCGGCCAAU